AUGACGGCCACAAACCCAGGGCCGCAAGUUGAGGAUCUGGCAUCUCUGGCUCGCAAGGGCAAGCCUCACUACCAAUCCCCCCAUCAAGACCGCUCUGGCUCCGAUGGUCGUGGACGCUUAUGGAUACGCAACCAUGCGUUCCUUCUUGUAAACGACCGAUGCGCUUAA